AUGUCUGCAAGGUUACGUAACCUUAAUCCGUAUGAAUUACAUAAAUACUUAGUUAAUGUGUAUUGUCUCAAUACGAAGGGCUCUACCGGAUCAUUGAAACGGGACACUUCCAGAGAUAGAACUGACCUUGACAUUAUAAGAGAGAAUUACAAAUUUUUAUGGAACGAAGAUGACGUUGCUGAUACUUGGGAGAAGCAACUAGCUAAAAAGUACUGCGAUAAACUAUUCAAAGAAUAUUGCAUUUGCGAUUUAAGCAGAUAUAAAGAGAACAAAGUAGCACUCCGCUGGCGUGUGGAGAAAGAAGUAGUACUGGGGAAAGGUCAGUUUCAAUGUGGCAAUAAGGUGUGCAACAAUGAUGGCGAUCUCAAGUCCUGGGAGGUCAACUUCGCUUACAUGGAAGAUAACGAGAAGAAAAAUGCUCUCGUAAAGCUUCGUCUGUGCCCAGAAUGUUCAAAGCUAUUAAACUAUCGAUCAAAGAAACGAGAAGUAAAAAGGCUUAAGAAAAGUCAGAAGAAAACAAAAAAGGCUAAAAAGCCAGACAAGGAAGAAAGUGGUGACGAGGACCAAUGCCCUGGCACUCCAGAAGGUGCCUUAGAGCCUUCCACUUCAGCUGAAGCCACAGUUCCAGAAGAUGAUGAAGCAGCUCUGUGGAAGAAAGGUUCAGAAGAAAUCGAGGAGAAGUCGCGGGAGGAUGAGUUUGAGGAGUAUUUGGAAGACCUGUUAUUGUAA